AGAGAUUUGUCGCGCUUAAAGCUUAUGACGCGGCACAAGUUAUAAAGCUCGGUCUAGGGAACAACAAUCUCAUAUGAUAGCUGAGUGUUUUAAUGAGCUGCUGGUCUAAGUUUUUGUAAAGCAUUUUUAAGCCGUUUUGUACUUGGGAACCGAGAACGUAGUGUUGUUAAUAUCCUUUUCAGAUAAGUGGUUACUGAAACUUUCUCUCUUGAUAUAACCAUGAGCAUCAAUAUGAAGCAGAAAUCGGAAGCAGAGAGAUCUGUAAGCAUAAAGAACUUUUUCAACAACUCGACUGGCUCAAUGAGGCGAACCCUUCAGGUCAUUCAGCCUUCAGCAACAGGAUGCCUUGUUGGCAGAGUUAAAGAGUGUGCCAAAUCUCCAAAAAGAAAGCUUUGGAGUACUGAGAAUGUGAAUCCUUUAAAGAAAGCCAAACUGGAAGGAUGUGUAGAUGCAGAACAGUACAGGAAAGAGAAAGUGGAAGGAGUCGCUCAAGAUGCUUAUGAGAUGAUGAUUAAAGCCAGUCCACCAGCAGCCUACUGGAAGGAAGUUGCAGAGGAAAGGAGGAAAGCUUUGUAUGAAGUGCUCCAAGAAAAUGAGAGGCUGCACAAAGAAAUAGAGCAUAAAGACGAAGAAUUGUCCAGACUAAGAGAUGAAAAUGAAGAGUUAAUGGAAUUGGCAGAGCAUGUGAAAUACAUGACAAGUGUAAUUGAGAGGUUAACUGGGAAGGCGCCAGAAGGCCUUGAAUCUUUGAGCAGUGUUAUGUUGGAUGGUUGUGAAGAAGUAAACGAAGAAAAUACUGGAGGUUCUCUAAAUUCUGUGUAUGAAGUACUUUCUGAAACUGGUACCGAUAUGUAGCAUACCAUUUGACUCUCUAAUCCAUUUCCCGAGAAGUAUAAUUUCAGAAGCUGCCAUUCUAAUUGCUUUUUGUGCGAUUUUUUGCACCUCAAAACUAAAUUGAAGCUGCCAUGCUAAUUCUAUAUUGACUGCACCUGACAUGGAAUCAGCUGAAGUGUAAUUAGUUAAUAUGAAACUGUGGUAAUCCAUUGUCUGCCUUUCUGUUAGUGAUACCACUUCUGCAAGAUGUAAAAUUUAACACUGCCAGAAUAUUUCCAGAUUUGCACUUGCCAUGCAAUAUACUGAUAGGGGCAUUUUUAGUUGACAAUGCUAUCCUGCAGUGUUAGUAGCUGGGAACUGUCAAGUAUGGAGUGCCUUUGACUUGCACACUGUAUUGAUGGGAUAUUGCAGUUUUGCUGUCAAGUAUCGCUCGUGGAUACAGUUUAUGCAGAGCAAAUUGGCUUUAGCUUCAUAAAUUAGAAUGAAGGGAGAUAUUGGCUCUACUUUGAGCUGUAAUUUCACAAAAUGUGAGUUCUGGUUUUUUAAACCAAGCAUCCAUUUUCUUGUAAAUUUUGUAUUUUUUUGUAUAUACAUGUUUGUAAUUUUAAUAAACCUUGUUUUUAUAAAUGGUUGUCUAACUCUUAAA